AUGGCUGUAUUAUUAUCGUUGCCCGUAUCUUUGCUAGUUUCAACCCUGAGGUUGCAUAUUACUACUCGAAUGGCUUUAUUAGCAACAUCAGAAAUUUCGGAUCAGAGUUCAAACAUGAUUUCUGGAAAUGUGAAUUCUGACAAGUAUUAUUUCAUUAUGCGUCUGUUGUCAAAAAAUCGGAAUUUGACGUUUUUCGAACGAAAUGGAAAUUUGUUCGCUGAUUCUCUAUUGAUUGGUUCACUUGAUAAUAACGCUGUUAACACACUAAAUAUUAUAUGUUCUAAUGAUAUUUCGCUAAGGAUCACAAUGAAUAAUAAUAUAUCAAAAACGAUGCUAUCACCAUCAUUGUGUCGACGAAAUUCUCAAUUAAAGGUGCAAAUUGGUGGUACAGAAGGAAAUGAGAAGGGUUCUUUGAUGGUUGUGUGGGAAAUGUUACUAUUGCUGCAAAAGUUUUAUUGGAUCGAUGGUGCAGGAUAUGAAAUUUUACAAACUUUGAAAAGAAUUUCAAAAAUAUUUAGCAGUGAUGAGAAAUCACAACAGCAUCAACAACAACAACAACAACAACAACAAAAUGAUAUAAACGAGCAAUCAGAUGGACCACGUCCUCCGCCACAUCAUAUGGGAUUACCGCAUUUUACAGAACCAUUAAUUUUGGAUGAGGGAACAAUUGCUCCAAUACAGAGUUGGAAUAUUUACGCUUUUUCAAGACAUCAUUAUGAGAGUAUUUCCAAAGAAGACAUACUAUUCAGACUUUUAGAACCACCACAACAUGGACAAUUAUUAAAGUAUGAUCAACCAAUAAAUCAAUUUGCUAUCAGUGAUAUUACAACCAAUAAGAUAUUUUACAAGCAUGAUGAUAGUGAAACAACUGUUGAUAGCAUUGGUUUAGAGACUGUGAUAAAUUCACCAGAAAUGGUGGCAUCAAAACGAAAUAUGAUUUAUAAUAUACCAAUACGAAUUAAUCCUGUAAAUGAUGCACCGGAAUUGAAAUCGGGAAUUGAUUCGAAAACACUAUGGAUAACUGGUGACUCAAAGCUUACGUUAGAUAACCGAGCAAUAAGCUUGUGGGAUGCGGAUAACGAUCCGGAAACAGUGUUUGUUUCGGUUAUCGCUGCUGAUGGAGUGCAAUUGGAAGAUUCGGGAAGGAAGAAAAUUCAAAAAUUCACCCAAGGAGACUUUUUAAAUAAUGAUUUAAGUAAAAGAAAUCAGGGUACGUUAAAAUUGAUUGCUAGUGAUGGUGAACGACAAUCUGAUGUGCUUCAGUUGACAAUACAUUUUGCACCGAUUGAAAUACAAUUGAAGGCUAAUACAGGUUUAAAAGUAAUCCAUCAAACAGCAACCAUUAUCUCAUCAGCAAAUUUAUCAUUUGCAACAAAUCUUCCCGGAAUAUCAAUUCAGUAUACCAUUGUUGAUCAACCGGAAUAUGGUGUUGUACAAUGUCGUAAUGGUUUGGGACAAUUUGAAAUUUGUUCAACAUUUAGCCAAGAUGAUAUUGAUAAUUCACGUGUACAGUAUAAACAUUCCAGUGUUAUAAAUCCAUUACUUGAUACCUUCAGCUUUCAGAUUCAAGCUGAUACCACAACAUCAAUGAUACACGUUUUUCGUAUAACAUUUAUUCCGGUUCAUGUUAAAAUUUUUAAUCGUAUUCCAUAUCUAUUAAAUAACACGGAUAAUUUAUUGAUAAAACGAGAGAAUUUAUUUGCUUGGACAUUCCCAAAAAGUUUUCCAACCAAUCAACUUGUUUAUCAUAUCAUUGAACCACCAAAAUUUGGCACAUUAUUACGUCGAAUUGAGAAAAAUCGCAAUCGACGAAUUGGUGUUUCAUCAAAUUUCACCCAAAAGCAUAUUGAUGAUGGUGAGAUUACCUAUAAAAUGCAUUUUGUGCAAUAUUCCAUUGUCAAUGAUUUUUUCACUUUCCGAUUAAUCACACCAUCGGUGACAUCAGAGAAAGUCCUUUUUGAAAUAACAUUUAUUCCGGGACGUGGUUCGGUACAGCUCAUUAAUCGAACUGUUAUUGUUGAAGAAGGCGGUAUUCAAAAGAUAACCAAUGAGUCAUUAUCAUUACGAACUCCGGAUAGUAGCAGUUUUGUAUUUACCAUCGGUAAUGCACCCAUUUAUGGUAAUGUAUUAGUGAAGAGAGCAACUGGAGAGCAGUACAAAUUGAUCGAUGGUGAUAAUUUCACUACUUCGGAUGUUAACAAUGGCAAUGUCUUUUAUAAACAUAUGGAUGGUGAAAAUCGCAUUGAUCAAGUUUUUCUCUUAGCUGAAAGUUCGUAUCAGCGGACAAGUCGAGUAUCAUUCUGGUUAACAAUCAGAUUAAUCUUGAAAAAUGACAAUAUUCCAAGGCUUGCUGGCAGUAAUAUUAUACAAAUAACAGAACGUGGCCAACGUACACUAUAUCCAUCAUUGUUACCAUGGAUGGAUGAUGAUAUUGAUGCUCAACCAUUACAGUUUACUUUUCAUGAUAAUUUUCGAUAUGCAGCUAUCCUGUCCAAUUUUUCGCCAUCUAUACCGUUGCAUAGUUUCACUCAACGACAAAUGCAAUACGGUGAAGUGAUAAUAAGACAUUUUGGACAUAAUAAAAAGUUCGAAAUGAAUUAUACUGUAUCAGAUGGAGUACAUGAAGUAUCAUCAGUGGUAGUAAUCAUUGCAUCAGAACCUUUCAUAAGGAUUCAGAAUAGCAAUAUAACAAUUUUGAUCAGUGAUAUAUCAGCGACGGUAAUCCUUGUACAAUUAACAAAUCGUAAUCUUUCCGCUAUAACUAAUGUUGAUGCAAAAAAUUCGGAUAUUUGGUUUCAUGUUACAACCGGAAAUUGGAUCUUUAUUAGUAAUUCUACUGAAAAAUUGGUAAAAAAUUUCACACAACAGGAUAUUGAUGAUGGUUUAAUAUUAUAUCGUAUCACUGCAUUAUCAUUUGAUGAUAACGUAAAUGAGCAAAUUAUCACAGCUACGGUUGCAAAUUUAACAGUUAGAAAAAUUUUCAAAAUUUUGAAAAUACAACUAAAUGAUAAUGAAAGAUAUCAUUUGGAAAUGGUUACUUUAACUCCAUUAAUUGUACCAUUCUCAUCAAUUUCACAAAUUGAUAAAAGCAUUCUAUUAGCGACAGCUUUGCAUAAACAACCAAACGAAAUUGUUUAUGAUGUUAUCCGACAGCCAAUGCAUGGUUCAUUAAUAUUGGAAUCACUAAGAGCAAUUAAUAACGGACGUAGCGUAAUGCCAAGUAAUUUCUUCGUUUCACGUUUUACGCAAGCACACGUAAAUGCUGGACAAAUACAAUAUUUACAUAAUGGUAUAUUAUCAACACGUGAUUCAAUUAUUUUUAACGUUUCCAUUGAUAAAGAAAUGAUUGGACCAUAUACGUUGUUUAUUAAUAUUAUAGAUGAUAAGAUUGAAUUAUCUGUAUCAAAUAUAACGGUUAUAUCCGGAUCUAAUAAAACAAUAAAUAACGAUAUUUUACAUGUAACUAACAAUGAAGAUGAUAUAGAAUUUCGGAUUUUAUCAGAUCCGGAAUACGGAUGGCUUGUUCGUGAUGUAUGGAAUAUAACUAAUAUCAAUACUAUUAGACAAUUUAAUAUUCAAGAACUCAACGAUCAACGAAUCAAUUAUGUAAAUAAUCCGAUUAGUCAUGAGCAACGUGAUACUUUUAUGAUAGUAGCAUGUACAACAGGAACACAACAAUGUACCGAACCAAAACUAGUGACUGUUUUGGUACGGUAUAAUAAUUUAUACGAACCAGAAUUGUUACGUAAUGAAGUAAUGAAAAUGUGGAAUACGUAUAAAGCUCCAAUCACUAAACACCAUUUAUUUUCACAAGAUGAUGAUACACCUAUCGAACAAAUACGAUAUCUUAUCAAUAAACCGUUAAAUGGAUAUGUUGCUUAUACAAAUAAUCCUUCAAAAGCUAUUACAAAUUUUUCUCAAGCAGAAAUUAAUAAAUUGGAAAUAAUUUUUGUGAGAAAUGAAGAUACGAUAGCAAUUGGUGGUGGUUUUUCAUUUCUUGUAAGUGAUGGAUUUCAUCAAAUUGGUCCUGAAUGGUUUACAAUUGAAAGUAUAAAAGGAUCUAUGAUUACAAUGAAUGCAAAUGGUCAUCUUAUAAUACCACCAGGAAAAUCUUCUGUUAUUAUUGGAUCAGAUUUAUUGAAAAUGGAAUCAAAUAAAAUUAUAUAUCGGGUGACAAAAAUUCCACAAUAUGGAAAUUUGUUAGUUUCGGAUUCACCUACCAAGCAAUUUACUCAAGAAGAUAUCGAUCAAUAUCGAUUAACUUAUAAAGUAAAUAUUGAUUUACUCGAUGAAUGGAUUAAAAGAGAUUUGUUUCUGUUCAAAAUUUUCAUCAAUGAUUCAAUGAUUGAUUCAAUGGUUAAUGAGGAACGUUUCAAAAUUUCAAUUACCUAUGCGGCAUUACCGUCACAUCGUUUGCAUGAAUUCAUUCAACUUCAUAAUGUUAUUGUUUCACCUGGUAA